GCCUUUAGAAAUUGAAAUAAACCUGUUUUUUAGCGGAGCGGAAACACACGUCAUAUCUUCUCCGAGUACUCUAGAGAUUGCAAACACAAACUGCGAAAAAUUGCCUUACGAUUUAUUUUCUGUGAUUGAAAGCAAAGAUGGUUUCCGAGGAAGGUGUGCAUGAGCCCGUCGAGGAACACGUGGAAAAUGCUCCGGCGGAUGAAACUGCUCACAACGCGGAUGAGCAAAUAGAUAACACAGAGGCAGAACUUCAGGGUGAUGCUCAACCCGAACUUGCUGAGGAGCAGAACGCAAACGCUGUUGGUGAAAACGCUGCCGAAGAGAAUGACGGCGUGGUGAAGGAGCAGCUCGGCGGCGGCGACCUGUCUGAUCCUCGUGUCUUUAAGAUGGCCGCCCGUGAGGUGGACGAGUGCUACAUGUCUGUGAUUCGCGGUCUUAGCGCUUUCUGCCAGGACGAUGAGGAGGUUUUCGGAAACGCGGUGGAUAUCUGCAACGAUAUCAUCACAAUGGAGCAGAACUUGUUCUCCGACAUUCCUUCGUACAUUGCGGAUUACAUCGCCACAUAUCGUGCGAAGACGGAUAAGUACAACAACUCAGUGCAGCCGAGGGAAACCAUUCCGACUCCUGAAGGCCCUCCGCGUGACUGGGAAGAGCGGCGCGCUUAUGUGGACCCUGGUGUUCCGCUCAUGCUGCCAUAUGACGCCGAGCGUUUUAAGAAGGAGCAUCCGGAGCGCGCGACGUCUGAGGGUACGUACCACGACCUGUUUUACGGCGACGGCUCGAAGGUUGUGUUUGAGGCCCCGGAGGACAACAAACGCAAGAAAAUUGAGGAAGAACAUCAGAAGGCUUAUCAUCCACCCAGACAGGCGCCGCUCUCCUUUGAGCCACAAAAGAAGAAACCCAUGCGUGUUUCUGCAGAUUUUGUUCCCUCCUGCGCCGAAGUGAAGGACCCGCAACCUGCGAAACGCACGAAGCCGGUAGCGAAGGCUCAGCCAAAGAACGUGCAGAAGAAGAGCGUCAGCACGCAGUAG